AUGAUCCAAGCAAUCGACUCCUUCUUUGUGUCGUUCUGCGCGAAAUACGGCCUCGGCGCCCCCGAUAACAUCAAACUGGUCGCCUGUAUCUUCGCCUCUUACCCCCUCUGCGGCCUCCUAAAACGACUCCCCACUCAAUCGACUAGAAAUGCCUUCAACAUCCUCGUUUCCCUAUUCUUCCUGGUAGGGGUGUUUGAUCUCUGGACCGGGUUGCGAACGAUUAUGAUUAGUUCCCUUGGGACGUAUGGGUUGGCGAAGUACAUGAAGGGGGGUGCGAUGCCGUGGGUCGUGUUUGUGUUUGUCAUGGGCCAUAUGAGUAUCAAUCACAUCCACCGUCAAAUCAUCAACAACCCCGACGUUGUCGACAUAACCUCCAUGCAGAUGGUCCUCUGCAUGAAACUCUCCUCCUUCGCCUGGAAUAUCUACGAUGGACGCCAGUCACCAUCCUCCCUCUCCUCGCUCCAGACCGAUCGCGCACUGAAAGCGAUGCCGACUUUAUUGGACUAUCUCGGAUACGUCUUUUUCUUCCCGAGUUUCAUGGUUGGGCCGAGCUUUGAUUUCGUGGAGUACAAGCGGUGGUUGGAUCUGUCCAUGUUCGACAUUCCUUCCCCCUCUCCCUCAAAAUCCUCCGCACCGCACAAAAAACGCCGCCGCAUCCCCCACUCCCUCAUCCCCGCCCUCCGCCGCGGCGCCGAAGGAGUCUUCUGGCUCAUCCUAUUCCUCAAAUUCGCAUCCUGGUACUCAACAACCUACGCCCUCUCCCCCGCCUUCGCCUCUCUUCCAUUCUGGCGGCGUUUGUGGUAUAUGCAACCCCUCGCAUUCUCCCACCGCUUAAAAUACUACGGUAUCUGGGCCCUCGCGGAAGGCUCCUGUAUCCUCUCCGGUCUCGGGUUCAACGGGUACUCUCCUAAGGGUAAGCUGAGGUGGGAUCGAGUCAAGAACAUCUCUGCCCGUGAAUUCGAAUUGGCGCAGAAUAAUAAGGCGUUGUUGGAGGCAUGGAACAAAAACACGAACAAGUGGUUGAAAAACUAUGUUUAUGUACGUGUUGCGGCGAUUGUGGAGAAGGGGAAACCUGGGUUCGUCAGUAGUUUGGUGACGUUUGGGACGAGUGCUGUUUGGCACGGGUUCUACGGUGGAUACUAUCUCGCUUUCGGGACGGCCAGCUUUAUCCAGACACUUGGGCGCUAUUUCCGCCGCUACCUCCGGCCCUUCUUCUUCACCCCAGACAUGUCCCACCCCACCCCAUACAAACCCCUCUACGACAUCCUCUCCUGGGCACUAACCCAAUCAACCUACAACUACCUCGUCCAACCAUUCAUCAUCCUCAACGUCCGCGAAUCACUCCGUCUAUGGGGCAGAUUGGGAUUCUAUGUACAUGUAGCCAUUGCGGUUUGUCUUGCGUUCUUUAAUUUUGGGGGAGCGAGGUGGUUGAAUAAGAAGUUGAAGAGAAGGGCGGCGAGGUCUGGGAAGGGGGAGAAGAAGGUGAAGGAGUUGGAUGAGAGGCAUAAGAGGGAGGUCAGGGAGGAAGAGAGGGAGCCGAAGAGUUUGGGGAUGGCGAUGCCGGCUGAGACGAGUCCGAUUUUGGAGUAG